AUGGAGGAUUCAGGCAUCCAGCGAGGCAUCUGGGAUGGAGAUGCCAAGGUUGUCCAACAAUGUCUGACAGAUAUUUUUACCAGCGUUUAUACCACCUGCGACAUCCCUGAAAACGCUAUAUUUGGCCCUUGCGUCCUGAGCCACACUUCCCUGUACGACAGCAUAGCUUUCAUAGCUCUUAAGUCUACAGACAAGAGAACAGUUCCUUAUAUCUUCCGGGUGGACACCUCAGCGGCAAACGGUUCCUCAGAAGGUCUUAUGUGGCUACGUCUGGUCCAAUCAGCCAGAGAUAAAGAAGAACAGAAUCUUGAAGCCUAUAUAAAAAACGGACAGCUAUUUUACCGCUCCCUCCGCAGGAUUGCUAAAGACGAAGAGUUACUUGUUUGGUACGGGAAAGAACUGACUGAAUUACUCUUGCUCUGCCCCUCUAGAGCACACAACAAAAUGAAUGGGUCGUCCCCUUACACAUGCCUGGAAUGCAGCCAGCGUUUCCAGUUUGAGUUCCCCUAUGUGGCGCAUCUGCGCUUCCGCUGUCCCAAGAGACUGCAUAGCGCUGAUCUGAGUCCCCAAGAAGAACAAGGCGGCGGCGUGGGCACCAAGGACCACGGGGGUGGCGGCGGAGGCAAAGACCACCAGCAGCAGCAACAGGAGACACCCUUGGGCCCGGGCCCCAAGUUUUGCAAAGCCGGUCCCAUCCACCACUACCCGGUACCCUCCCCUGAGAGCAGCAACCCGCCGGCAGCCGGAGGCGGCGGCGGCACUGCAAAGCCAUCCACGGACUUCCACAACCUGGCUCGGGAGCUGGAAAACUCCCGGGGAGGCAGCAGCUGCUCCCCAGCCCGGAGCCUCAGCAGCGCCAAUAGCAGCGGCGGCCACCAGGAGGCAGAGCGGAGUCCCGACGGCAACGCCACGGGCGGCAGCAAAGGGAAGAGGAAGUUCCCGGAGGAGGCAGCGGAGGGUGGUGGCGUGGGGCUAGUGGGCGGCCGGGGCCGCUUCGUCGAACGACCUCCACCGGCCUCCAAGGAAGACCUGGUGUGCACACCGCAGCAGUACCGCGCCUCGGGCAGCUACUUCGGCCUGGAAGAGAACGGCCGCCUCUUCGCUCCGCCCAGCCCCGAGACAGGCGAGGCCAAGCGCAGCGCCUUCGUGGAGGUGAAGAAGGCGGCCCGCGCGGCUGGCCUCCGACUGGAGGGCGGCAGCCCGGCGCGGGGCAGCGCCUUCACCUCUUUGCCACAGCUGGGCGGUGCGGGCUGCAACAGUGCGGGCGGCAGCGCUAGCAGCGGGGCCGCGGGCGGCGGGCAGGGCGCCGCGUCAGACGAGCGCAAAAGCGCCUUCUCACAGCCGGCGCGCUCCUUUUCGCAGCUGUCCCCGCUGGUGCUGGGCCAGAAGCUGGGCGCGCUUGAGACGUGCCAUCCGGGCGACGGCGUGGGCCCUACCCGACUCUAUCCCGCCACCGCUGACCCUCUAUCAGUGAAGCUGCAGGGGGCCGCGGACCUGAACGGGGGCUGCGCGGCCCUGCCGAACGCCGGCGGCGGCCUGCCCAAGCAGAGUCCCUUCCUCUACGCCACCGCCUUCUGGCCCAAGAGUUCUGCGGCGGCCGCUGGGCCCCUGCAGCUGCAGCUGCCUUCGGCGCUCACGCUUCUGCCUCCUUCCUUCACCUCCCUGUGUCUACCGGCGCAGAACUGGUGCGCCAAGUGCAACGCCUCCUUCCGCAUGACCUCCGACCUGGUGUACCACAUGAGGUCGCACCAUAAGAAAGAGUACGCAAUGGAGCCCUUGGUGAAACGACGGCGGGAGGAGAAACUCAAGUGCCCCAUUUGCAACGAGUCCUUCAGGGAGCGCCACCAUCUCUCCAGGCACAUGACCUCGCAUAACUGA